CACACCAAUACCUCCUUACAUUCUGAUCUCACACACACACACACACACACACACCAAUACCUCCUUACAUUCUGAUCACACACACACACACACACACACCUCCCUACAUUCUGAUCUGAACACACACACUUCUUUAUCUUCUAAUCCCACGUAUCCAUCCACAGUUUCUCUCCGAUCCACAGUUACUGUACAAACACAUGUAUCUUCUAAUCUGAGAUGGACAGCUCUUCUUUCAAUAGCUGAGCGAUGCCUUGUCUAGUCCUUCUACAUUAGGACCGGGUAAAUGUGCUCCAACUCCCGUUGUUUUUGUCUCUUCAUGGAUAGAUGCUAAAUACCAGGCAUCCUCUUCCACUGGGGUUCCACUAGUAACUUAACGAGGUUUUAAUUUAUUUCUGAAAGAUACUGCGACUUCUAUAACACACAUGGGUCAACGUGACUUCAGAAGAGCACACUGGUUCCUCCUCUGAGACAUUCCCCCAGCCAGCCAGCCAGCCAACUCCACUAAGGAAUGAUGGGCUAUUGGAUGGCUGCUUGCUGUUUUUAACCAAUCGUCAUCGGCACAGUCUAUUUUGCCCUUAAAAUCACAGGAAGUGAACGUGCCAUCAGCAGGUUCACUUUAGACAGAAACGCGUUCCAUCUCUCAUCCUUUUGACUUGUAUAGCCGGAGUGGAUCAGAUAUUUGUGUGAGUCCAUCACCCCGUUGAAAGGUAUUUUGUCCCGAGCUUGUUGCUUGUUCUGACAAUGUACAAUACUGUCUUGAUUGGUUGAGUUUUUUUUUUGUAGUCGCUAUAGAAGUGAAGCAACUCUUUACAUUCAGCAGUUUAAGUGUGUGUGUCUCUAAUGCACCCCUAUUCACUAAGUAGUGCACUUAGUUUAACCAGGGGCCCCUAUUCACUAAGUAGUGCACCUAGUUUAACCAGGGACCCCUAUUCACUAAGUAGUGCACUUAGUUUAACCAGGGGCCCCUAUUCACUAAGUAGUGCACUUAGUUUAACCAGGGACCCCUAUUCACUAAGUAGUGCACCUAGUUUGACCAGGGACCCAUAUUCACUAAGUAGUACACUUAGUUUGACCAGGGACCCCUAUUCACUAAGUAGUGCACUUAGUUUAACCAGGGACCCCUAUUCACUAAGUAGUGCACCUAGUUUGACCAGGGGCCCCUAUUCACAAAGUAGUGCACUUAGUUUGACCAUGGGCCCCUAUUCACUAAGUAGUGCACCUAGUUUGACCAGGGACCCCUAUUCACUAAGUAGUGCACUUAGUUUAACCAGGGACCCCUAUUCACUAAGUAGUGCACUUAGUUUAACCAGGGACCCCUAUUCACUAAGUAGUGCACUUAGUUUAACCAGGGACCCCUAUUCACUAAGUAGUGCACUUAGUUUGACCAGGGGCCCCUAUUCACUAAGUAGUGCACCUAGUUUAACCAUGGACCCCUAUUCACUAAGUAGUGCACCUAGUUUGACCAUGGACCCCUAUUCACUAAGUAGUGCACUUAGUUUGACCAGGGACCCCUAUUCACUAAGUAGUGCACCUAGUUUGACCAGGGACCCCUAUUCACUAAGUAGUGCACUUAGUUUCACCAGGGGCCCCUAUUCACUAAGUAGUGCACUUAGUUUGACCAGGGACCCCUAUUCACGAAGUAGUGGACUUAGUUUGACCAGGGACCCCUAUUCACUAAGUAGUGCACCUAGUUUGACCAGGGACCCCUAUUCACUAAGUAGUGCACUUAGUUUCACCAGGGGCCCCUAUUCACUAAGUAGUGCACUUAGUUUGACCAGGGACCCCUAUUCACGAAGUAGUGGACUUAGUUUGACCAGGGACCCCUAUUCACUAAGUAGUGCACUUAGUUUAACCAGGGACCCCUAUUCACUAAGUAGUGCACUUAGUUUGACCAGGGGCCCAUAUGGUUUUGGUCAAAAGUAGUGCACUCUAUAGGGUUCCAUUUGGGACCCCCCCCAGAUACUGUCAUGUACAAUAUCCAUGGAUAAGCAGAGUGUACUGAAAUCAUUUUCACCCUCCCGAAAUGAUACGUGUGGAUUAUGUCCCUGUCUUCUUAAAUAAUACGUGUGUAGGAAUGAUGUCCUAUUGUCAAUGAGAUGACUGGACCUGA